GAGCUCUGGGACGGCACAGUGGUUUUUGAGCGGUCCGAAAAAAUGUUCAAAGUUAUACUAGUUUUCGCUUCAGUGGCUUUCGCCUGCGGCCUCCCAGUAGCAAGUGAUUUGGGGGAGGUUCCAUUGCCGAUUUCCACGGAAAACGCUCCUCUGGUGGAACCAGCGACAAAUAUUUCCAUUGGGAAAGACCCUCUAAGCACCGCUUCAGUUGCAGGGCCGAUUUCCUCAGAGGGGCCCAAAAAAAUCACCACCUACCCUGCCCCAGUGCCCAUUUUGGACCAGAAAUCCGAUGGAAAAGCUGAUGGCACCUACAACUGGAGUUUCGAAUCUGGGGAUGGAACCAAAGCGGAGCAGGCUGCCGAGGUGAAAACCGUGAAAGUGAGUGGAGAAGCUGAAGACACCAAAGUGGCAGUGGAGGAUGUGAAAGGAUCCUACAGCUACGUGGACCCAGAAGGGAAAACCCACAGCAGACAGUAUGUGGCUAAUGAGUACGGGUUCUUCAUCAAAGGGGAUGAUAUUUUCCCGGAAAUUGCCAGCCAUUUGGCCUACAUCGAGACCCAUCCGCAGCCAAUCAGUGCAGUUGGUAGAAAAACGCAAUGAGCCACCAAUGGACCGUUUAUGUAAAGCUAAUGAUGAAUAAACGUACGAUUUAAUCGUGGA